CCCGGAUUCUGGUUUCACUGGAUAGAUAGGGAGCAAGACAAAGAGCUUCCGAUUCCGAUGGAAGCCGUGUCUUUCUCAACCGUUGCUUCCCGGCCUUUCUCUUCAACUUCUUCCUCACUCUCAACUCCUAAAAGCCUCUCCAGAAGAUCAACCAACACUCGCUGCUCUUGGACUGCUUCAAAGCUCCCCCUUCCACUAUCUUCCAGAAACCCCUUCACGAGAGAGGUAUGGAGUUUGGUGAAAUCCAAGAGCGUUAGUGUUAGAAGACAAAUGCCCGGUGUUAUAAGAGCUGAAAUGUUCGGCCAGUUGACCAGCGGCCUCGAAGCGGCUUGGACCAAACUAAAAGGAGAAGAGGUUUUGACCAAGGAAAAUAUUGUGGAGCCAAUGCGAGAUAUUAGAAGAGCCCUUUUAGAAGCAGAUGUAAGCCUUCCUGUUGUAAGAAGGUUUGUCCAAGCUGUAAGUGAACAAGCUGUUGGUGUUGGCUUAAUUCGAGGUGUUAAACCGGAUCAGCAAUUGGUUAAAAUUGUACAUGAUGAGCUUGUGAAAUUGAUGGGUGGAGAGGUAUCUGAACUGGUUUUUGCAAAAUCUGGCCCCACUGUGAUAUUAUUGGCUGGUCUACAAGGUGUUGGAAAGACAACUGUGUGUGCGAAACUGGCCUUUUAUCUUAAGAAACAGGGCAAGAGCUGCAUGCUGGUUGCUGGAGAUGUAUAUAGACCUGCUGCAAUUGACCAACUUGUUAUUUUGGGUGAACAGGUGGAUGUGCCUGUUUAUACAGCAGGGACUGAGGUUAAACCUUCACAAAUAGCUAAGCAAGGUUUAGAAGAGGCUAGAAAGAAGAACAUAGAUGUGGUCAUAGUGGAUACUGCUGGAAGACUUCAGAUAGACAAAGCAAUGAUGGAUGAAUUGAAAGAUGUGAAACGGGCAAUAAAUCCUACUGAAGUUUUGCUUGUUGUGGAUGCAAUGACUGGACAAGAAGCUGCAGCCUUGGUCACAACAUUUAAUGUAGAGAUCGGGAUUACGGGUGCCAUUUUGACAAAGCUAGAUGGAGAUUCUAGAGGUGGGGCAGCUUUGAGUGUUAAAGAGGUAUCAGGAAAGCCAAUUAAGCUCGUAGGGCGAGGAGAGCGUAUGGAGGACCUUGAACCUUUCUACCCAGAUCGUAUGGCUGGACGCAUCUUAGGAAUGGGAGAUGUUCUCUCUUUUGUGGAGAAGGCACAAGAAGUUAUGCGGCAAGAAGAUGCUGAAGAAUUGCAGAAGAAGAUUAUGAGUGCAAAGUUUGACUUUAAUGAUUUCUUAAAGCAAACUCGUGCAGUUGCACGGAUGGGUUCUAUGACUCGUGUUCUUGGGAUGAUCCCUGGCAUGGGAAAGGUGACCCCUGCACAAAUUCGGGAGGCAGAGAAGAGUUUAAAGAUGAUGGAAGGAAUGAUUGAAGCAAUGACCCCUGAGGAAAGGGAGAAGCCAGAACUGUUGGCAGAAUCUCCUGUCAGGAGGAAAAGAGUCGCUCAGGAUUCUGGGAAAACAGAGCAGCAGGUGAGCCAACUUGUUGCACAACUCUUCCAAAUGCGUGUUCGCAUGAAGAAUUUAAUGGGUGUAAUGGAAGGUGGAUCUAUUCCUGCCCUGAGCAAUCUUGAGGAGACACUUAAAUCUGAGCAAAAGGCUCCUCCGGGUACUGCAAGGAGGAAGAGAAGAUCGGAAUCAAGGAAGCAAUUUGCAGAGCCAGCAUCAUCAAGGCCCAGCCCUCGUGGUUUUGGGAGCAGGAACUGAGGCUUAAAGCCUAAAUUUAAUGGGUUGUCAGCUCUCUGUUUCAUCUCCUAUUUACAAAGUUGCUCUCCCCUGCGAGAAUGUGAUACAUUUUUUUAGUUCAGUUUGUAUUAUGUCCUGUACAGAGCCACACUGGGAACUUAACUAAACACAAAGCGUUUGCAAACGUUACUCCUAGUUUCUAGUUUAAAAAAUAACAAAAAUGUAAUGGCCGUUUUAUUUCUAACCAUUACAUUACAGCUUAACAA